UUGAUCAACAAGGAAGAAGAACUGUUGGAGAAGGAGAAGAGUUCCUUCCCUCUCCUGCAAACCCUGAUGAUCAACAAAGUGCCCUAUGAGCAGCUGUGGGUAACAGCCUAUGAGUUCAGCACCAAGUCGGAGGAGUGGAUGAAUGGCCCCCUGUUUUUAUUGAAUGCUGAGGAAAUUGCAGAGGAAAUUGCGAAUAUGUGGAGGACGACGUACAAGUUGACCAAGACCUUGAUUGAUGUGCCUGCUCCCAGGCGCUUAGCAGAGAACGUCAAGUUGAAGAUUGAAAAGUUCAAGCAACACAUACCCAUCCUCAACAUCGCGUGCAACCCCGGCAUGAAGGAUCGGCACUGGCAGCAGAUCAGUGAUAUUGUUGGCUAUGAGAUAAAGCCCACGGAGACAACGUGCCUGGCAAACAUGAUCGAGUUUGGAUUUGGCAAAUUUGUUGAUAAGCUGGAGCCCAUUGGUGCAGCUGCCAGCAAGGAAUAUUCUCUGGAGAAAAACUUGGAGAAGAUGAAGUCAGACUGGGUCAACAUGACUUUCAGUUUUGUGAAAUACAGGGACACUGAUACAAGCAUCUUGUGUUCGGUUGAUGACAUUCAACUGCUACUCGAUGAUCAUGUAAUAAAGACCCAGACAAUGUGUGGUUCUGUGUUCAUCAAGCCAAUAGAAGCAGAGUGUCGGAAAUGGGAAGAAAAGCUAGUUCGGGUACAGGAAAAUUUGGAUGCCUGGUUAAAAUGCCAAGUCACUUGGCUGUACCUGGAACCAAUUUUCAGCUCAGAGGACAUCAUAGCCCAGAUGCCAGAAGAGGGCAGGAAAUUUGGCAUUGUUGAUAAUUACUGGAAAACACUCAUGGCUCAGGCGGUGAAAGAUACCAGGGUUCUGGCGGCAGCUGAUCAGCCAAGAAUGACUGAGAAGCUUCAGGAAGCCAACCUUCUGUUGGAAGACAUCCAACGGGGGCUGAAUAACUACCUGGAGAAGAAGAGGCUUUUUUUCCCCAGGUUCUUCUUCCUAUCAAAUGAUGAACUUCUGGAGAUCUUGUCAGAGACAAAGGACCCACUUCGUGUGCAGCCACACUUGAAGAAGUGCUUCGAAGGAAUUGCCAAGCUGGAGUUCACAGACAAUCUGGAAAUCUUGGGCAUGAUCAGCUCAGAAAAAGAAACUGUUCCAUUCAUACAGACAAUCUACCCAGCGAAAGCCAAAGGCAUGGUGGAAAAGUGGCUGCAGCAGGUGGAGGAGGUGAUGCUGGCCAGCAUGCGGCAAGUUAUUGAAAAUGGAAUUGAAGCUUAUGCCCAGGUCCCUCGUAAAGCCUGGGUCUUGCAGUGGCCUGGCCAGGUAGUUAUCUGUGUCUCCUCCAUAUUUUGGACCAAGGAGGUGUCUGAAGCCCUAGUUGAAGACACCAUGCUGGACUUUCUGAAAAAGAGCAAUGAGCAGAUCUCAGAUAUUGUCGAGCUGGUGCGGGGGAAGCUGAGCAGUGGGGCGAGGCUCACUCUCGGGGCCCUCACUGUCAUCGAUGUCCAUGCCCGUGAUGUGGUGGCCAAGCUGGCGAAGGAUCAGGUCAACAGUCUAAAUGAUUUCCAGUGGAUUUCACAGCUGCGGUACUACUGGGAGGGAAAGCACGUUCAUGUGCAGAUGAUAACCACAGAAGCCUUGUAUGGCUACGAGUACCUGGGCAACUCCCCUAGGCUGGUGAUCACUCCUCUCACAGACCGCUGCUACAGGACUCUAAUGGGAGCAUUGAAGUUGAACCUUGGAGGUGCUCCAGAGGGUCCAGCAGGGACAGGCAAGACAGAGACUACCAAAGAUCUGGCUAAAGCUUUGGCCAAACAGUGUGUGGUCUUCAACUGCUCUGACGGUUUGGAUUACAAAGCCAUGGGGAAGUUCUUCAAGGGGCUGGCCCAAGCUGGAGCAUGGGCCUGUUUUGAUGAAUUCAAUAGGAUUGAGGUGGAAGUACUGUCAGUGGUAGCCCAGCAGAUUCUCAGCAUCCAACAAGCCAUUAUCCGGAAACUGAAGAUGUUCAUCUUUGAAGGCACUGAGCUUUCACUGAACCCAACCUGUGCCGUCUUCAUCACCAUGAACCCUGGAUAUGCUGGCAGGGCUGAGCUGCCAGAUAACCUCAAGGCCUUGUUCCGAACAGUGGCCAUGAUGGUACCAGAUUACGCUCUCAUUGGAGAAAUCUCCCUCUAUUCUAUGGGCUUUCUGGACUCCAGGAGUCUUGCCCAGAAGAUUGUCGCCACCUACCGCCUGUGCUCUGAGCAACUCUCAUCCCAGCAUCACUAUGACUAUGGCAUGCGGGCUGUCAAGUCUGUGCUCACAGCUGCAGGCAAUCUGAAACUUAAGUACCCUGAGGAAAAUGAAAGUGUUUUGCUGCUCCGGGCCUUGCUGGAUGUCAACCUGGCCAAGUUCUUGGCUCAAGAUGUCCCCCUGUUUCAGGGAAUUAUCUCAGAUCUGUUUCCUGGAGUUGUUCUUCCAACGCCAGACUAUGAAGUUUUCCUGGAAGUGCUGGAAAGCAACAUCAGAAAGAUGAAGCUGCAGCCAGUGCCUUGGUUUAUUGGGAAGAUCAUCCAGAUCUAUGAGAUGAUGCUGGUAAGACAUGGCUACAUGAUUGUUGGAGAUCCUAUGGGUGGCAAGACAUCAGCUUAUAAAGUUCUGGCUGCAGCUCUGGGUGAACUACAUGAAGCCAACCAGAUGGAGGAGUUUGCUGUAGAGUUCAAGAUCAUCAACCCCAAGGCCAUCACAAUGGGGCAGCUGUAUGGCUGUUUUGAUGCAGUGAGCCACGAGUGGACAGAUGGUGUCCUAGCCAAUGCUUUCAGAGAACAAGCAUCUUCUAUAACUGAUGACCGCAAAUGGAUUAUAUUUGAUGGGCCAGUGGAUGCUGUUUGGAUUGAAAAUAUGAACACUGUCCUGGAUGACAAUAAAAAGGUAGCUAUCAUGUCAUUCACUUAUUCAUGGAUAAUUAAAACUGUACAAAACAUGGAUUUGUUACCCUAGGAUAAAUGCCCCCCCAAUAGUUAUCAUCAGUUCAUUAAUUAUGCUUCCAUUUAUACUUGUAGUCAGUGUGGGAUGAUCUACAUGGAGGCCCACCAGCUGGGCUGGAAGCCCUUGAAGGACUCGUACAUGGACACUUUGCCCCCCUGUCUCACCAAGGAGCACCUAGAACUGGUUGAGGACAUGUUCACGUGGCUUGUCCAGCCCUGCCUGGACUUUAAUCGUAUGCAUGGCAAAUUUGUGGUGCAAACAUCUCCUAUCCACCUUGCCUUCUCGAUGAUGCGGCUAUACUCCUCUCUGCUUGAUGAGAUCAGGAAUGUAGAGGAGGAGGAAAGUGACAUGUAUGAAGGUCUGUCAAGUCAGCAGAUCUUCCUCUGGCUACAAGGGCUGUUUCUCUUCUCCUUGGUGUGGACUGUGGCAGGUACCAUCAAUGCUGAGAGCAGAAAGAAAUUUGAUGUGUUUUUCCGCACCCUGAUUAUGGGCAUGGAUGAUUAUCACCCAAGGCCCAAAAGUGUGAAACUCACCAAAAACAACACAUUUCCAGAAAGAGGAAGCAUCUAUGAUUUUUACUUCCUCAAACAAGGUGGUGGACACUGGAAUGCAUGGACAGAAUAUAUCACCAAAGAGGAGGAGACUAUCCCUGCAAAUGCAAAGGUAUCAGACCUCAUCAUCCCCACGAUGGAGACUGCCCGGCAGUCCUUCUUCUUAAAAACUUUCCUGGACCAUGAGAUUCCGAUACUGUUUGUGGGUCCUACAGGCACUGGCAAAUCAGCCAUCGUCAACAACUAUCUUCUCCAUCUUCCCAAAAGUAUUUACUUGCCCAACUUCAUCAAUUUCUCUGCCAGAACUUCAGCCAACCAGACCCAGGAUAUCAUCAUGUCCAAGCUGGACCGUCGGCGGAAAGGCCUUUUCGGGCCUCCUAUAGGGAAGAAAGCAGUGGUGUUUGUAGAUGAUCUGAACAUGCCAGCCAAAGAGAUAUAUGGAGCUCAGCCUCCCAUUGAACUUUUGAGACAAUGGAUUGACCAUGGCUACUGGUUUGACAAGAAAGACACAAACAGGCUAGACAUUGUAGAUGUUCUGCUUGUGACUGCCAUGGGCCCCCCUGGAGGAGGGAGGAAUGAUAUCACUGGACGGUUCACUCGCCAUCUUAACAUUGUUUCCAUCAAUGCCUUUGAAGAUGAAAUCUUAACCAAGAUUUUCGGUUCUAUCGCUGACUGGCACUUUUCGAAAGGAUUUGAUGUCAUAUUUUUGAGGUAUGGGAAGAUGCUGGUCCAUGCUACUCUGACAAUCUAUAGAGCUGCAGUCGAGAACUUCUUGCCAACUCCCUCCAAAUCACAUUAUGUCUUUAAUCUUCGGGAUUUCUCACGGGUGAUCCAGGGGGUACUGCUAUGUCCCCACACCAACCUGCAGGAUUUGGAAAAAUUUAUCCGGCUUUGGAUCCAUGAGGUUUACCGAGUCUUCUAUGACCGUCUGAUUGAUAACGAGGACAGACAGACUUUCUUCAACCUGGUAAAGGAAACUACCUCCAAUUGCUUCAAGCAGACAAUGGAGAAGGUGCUCAUCCACUUGUCACCCACUGGGAAGAUAGUCGAUGAUAACAUCCGUAGCCUCUUCUUCGGGGAUUUUUUGAUUCCAGAAAGUGACAAAAAAAUCUAUGAUGAGAUCACUGACCUGAAACUACUCACCGGGGUUAUGGAGUAUUAUCUAGAUGAGUUCAACAGCAUCAGCAAGGCCCCCAUGUCUUUGGUCAUGUUCAAGUUUGCCAUUGAACACAUCUCCAGGAUCUGUAGAGUCUUGAAGCAGAACAAAGGCCACUUGCUCCUGGUGGGCAUUGGGGGCAGUGGGAGGCAGAGUGCCACCAAACUAUCCACAUUCAUGAACUCAUAUGAGCUAUACCAGAUUGAAAUCACAAAGAAUUACACAGGCAAUGAUUGGCGAGAGGACCUGAAAAAGAUAAUGCUGCAGUCUGGAGUGGCCACCAAGUGUACCGUAUUCCUCUUCUCGGAUAACCAGAUCAAGGAUGAGUCAUUUGUUGAAGACAUCAACAUGCUACUGAACACAGGCGAUGUGCCCAAUAUCUUCCCAGCCGAUGAGAAGGCUGAACUUGUGGAAAAGAUGCAGACAGCAGUCAGGACAGAAGGAGAAAAGAUUGAAGUCACUCCUGUGUCUAUGUACAACUUCUUCAUUGACAGAGUGAAGAAGAACCUUCACAUUGUCCUUGCCAUGAGUCCAAUCGGGGAUGCCUUCAGAACACGCCUGAGAAUGUUCCCUUCACUAAUCAACUGCUGCACAAUUGACUGGUUCCAGGCCUGGCCAACCGAUGCCCUAGAGUUGGUGGCUAAUAAAUUCCUAGAAGACGUGGAGCUUGAUGACAGCAUUCGGACAGAGGUCAUCUCCAUGUGCAAAUACUUUCAGGAGAGCGUGAAGAAGCUUUCUCUUGAUUAUUACGACACACUUCUCAGGCACAACUAUGUGACCCCCACCUCUUACCUUGAAUUGAUCCUAACCUUCAAAACUCUCCUGAAUAGCAAGAGACAAGAGGUGGACACCAUGAGGAACCGCUACUUGGCAGGCUUGCAGAAACUGGAAUUUGCAUCUUCUCAAGUGUCUGUCAUGCAAGUAGAACUCACUGCCCUCCAACCUCAGCUCAUCCAAACCUCUGAGGAGACUGAUAAGAUGAUGGUGAAAAUUGAAGCAGAGACCAAAGAAGCAGAUGCCAAGAAACUUCUGGUACAGGCAGAUGAAAAGGAAGCUAAUGCUGCUGCUGCCAUCUCUCAAGCCAUCAAGAAUGAAUGUGAGGGGGACCUGGCUGAGGCCAUGCCAGCACUGGAGGCUGCGCUCGCUGCCCUUGACACCCUGAACCCGACUGACAUCACUCUGGUGAAGUCCAUGCAGAAUCCACCAGGCCCUGUCAAACUGGUGAUGGAGAGCAUUUGCGUCAUGAAGGGGCUGAAGCCAGAGAGGAAGCCAGACCCUAGUGGCUCCGGUAAGAUGAUAGAAGAUUACUGGGGAGUGUCAAGAAAGGUCCUUGGAGAUCUAAAGUUCUUGGAAAGUCUUAAGACAUACGACAAAGACAACAUCCCCUCGGUGAUCAUGAAGCGAAUCCGGGAAAGGUUCAUUGAUCACCCUGAUUUCCAGCCAUCUGUCAUUAAAAACGUAUCAUCUGCCUGUGAGGGCCUGUGCAAGUGGGUGAGGGCCAUGGAAGUGUAUGAACGAGUGGCCAAGGUGGUGGCUCCCAAAAGGGAGCGACUGAGGGAGGCUGAAGGGAAGCUGGAAAUACAGAUGCACAAGCUGAACCUUAAACGGGCAGAACUGAAGCUGGUGGAGGACAGACUCCAGGCUCUGAAUGAUGAGUUUGAAGAGAUGAAUGUCAAGAAAAAGAUGCUGGAGGGAAAUAUUGAUGUCUGCUCCCAGAAGCUGGUCAGGGCAGAGAAGCUCAUCAGUGGUCUUGGUGGAGAGAGGGACAGAUGGACAGAAGCUGCCCGGCAGCUGGGAAUCCGAUAUAAUUACCUGACAGGGGAUGUGUUGUUAUCCUCUGGGACUGUGGCUUACCUGGGUGCCUUCACAGUGGAUUAUCGGGCCCAAUGCCAGAAUGAAUGGUUGGAAACCUGUAAAGAGAAGGUCAUUCCAGGCUCUGCUGACUUCAGCCUGAGCCACACCUUAGGGGAUCCCAUAAAAAUCCGUGCUUGGCAGAUAGCUGGGCUUCCUGUUGACUCCUUCUCUGUUGACAAUGGCAUCAUUGUGUCCAACUCCAGACGUUGGCCUUUAAUGAUUGACCCUCAGGGACAGGCCAAUAAGUGGGUGAAGAACAUGGAAAAAACAAACAAGCUGUCUGUCAUCAAGUUCUCUGAUACCAACUACGUGAGGACUCUGGAAAACGCCUUGCAGUUCGGCACCCCUGUUUUACUGGAAAACGUUGGAGAAGAGCUGGAUGCCUUCAUUGAACCCAUCUUGCUCAAGGCAACAUUCAGACAGCAAGGUGUUGAGUAUAUGAGAUUAGGUGAAAACAUCAUUGAAUACUCAAGGGAUUUUAAGUUCUACAUAACCACGCGCCUGAGGAAUCCACAUUAUCUCCCUGAAGUUGCUGUGAAAGUCUGUCUCCUCAACUUCAUGAUCACCCCCUUGGGUCUCCAAGAUCAGCUCCUUGGUAUUGUGGCUGCCAAGGAGAAGCCAGAACUAGAAGAGAAAAAGAACGAGUUGAUUUUAGAAAGUGCUGAGAAUAAGAAGCAGCUAAAGGAAAUUGAAGAUAAGAUUCUAGAGGUCCUCUCCCUGUCCGAGGGCAACAUCCUAGAAGAUGAGACUGCCAUCAAGGUUUUGUCCUCUUCUAAAGUGCUGUCUGAGGAAAUCUCUGAGAAGCAGAAAAUAGCCUCCGUGACAGAAACACAAAUUGAUCAGACCCGGUUGGGCUACAAGCCUGUGGCUAUUCACUCUGCCACCAUCUUCUUCUGUAUCUCUGACCUGGCCCAUAUCGAGCCUAUGUACCAGUACUCUCUGACAUGGUUCAUCAACCUCUACGUGCUUUCCCUAGCCAACAGCAGCAAGAGUGACGAGCUGGAUCUACGCAUCGAGUACAUCAUUGAACAUUUUACCCUGAGCAUCUACAACAACGUGUGCCGUUCCCUGUUUGAGAAGGACAAGCUACUUUUCUCCCUCCUCCUGACCAUUGGCCUCUUGAAGGAAAAAAAGGCCAUCAACGAGGAGGUUUGGUACUUCCUUCUAACUGGAGGUGUGGCCCUGGAUAACCCCUUCCCCAACCCAGCUCCUGAAUGGUUAUCAGAGAAGUCAUGGGGUGAAGUUGUUCGAGCCUCUUACUUACCUAAACUGAAAGGUUUGAUGGAAGAUAUGGUAGAAAAUAUUACCGAAUGGAAGAAAAUCUAUGACUCAGCCUGGCCCCAAGAGGAGGUACUCCCUUCACCUUGGAAGUACCUUCAAACACUGGAAAGGAUGGUGAUCCUACGGUGUUUGCGGCCUGACAAGAUGGUCCCAGCUAUUCAGGACUUCAUUAUUGAAAACAUGGGAAAGACAUUCAUCGAAGCCCCGACCUUUGAUCUCCAGGGAUCCUACAAUGAUUCCAGUAGUUGUGCACCACUGAUUUUCAUACUGUCUCCAGGUGCAGACCCAAUGGCAGGUCUGCUAAAGUUUGCAGAUGAUGUUGGCAUGGGAGGUACCAAAAUACAGACCAUCUCCCUUGGCCAAGGCCAAGGCCCUAUUGCUACCAAAAUGAUCCAUAGAGCCAUCCAAGAUGGGAGCUGGGUGGUUCUACAGAACUGCCACCUGGCUACAAGUUGGAUGCCUGCACUGGAGAAGAUCUGUGAGGAGGUUAUUGUCCCGGAGAACACCAACCCAGUGUUCAGACUCUGGCUAACUAGCUAUCCAUCAGAGAAGUUUCCUGUUAGCAUUCUCCAGAAUGGGAUCAAAAUGACCAACGAGCCCCCAAAAGGGCUCAGGGCCAACCUCCUGCGUUCCUACCUCAAUGACCCCGUCUCAGACCCUGUGUUCUUCCACAGCUGUUCAAAGCCAAUUAUGUGGCAAAAACUGUUGUUUGGACUUUGCUUCUUCCACGCCAUUGUCCAAGAGAGGAGGAACUAUGGAGCCCUAGGUUGGAACAUCCCCUAUGAAUUCAAUGAGUCUGACCUGAGGAUUAGCAUGCGGCAGAUCCAGAUGUUUCUCAAUGAUUACAAGGAGGUGCCCUUUGAAGCUCUGACCUACCUGACAGGGGAAUGUAAUUAUGGAGGCAGAGUGACUGAUGACAAAGACAGGCGUCUCCUGCUGUCCCUUCUGUCCACAUUUUACUGUAAGGAAAUUGAAAAAGAUAUCUAUUUCAUUGCUCCUGGAGAGGCUUACUACAUCCCUCCCCAUGGCACCUACCAGUCCUACAUUGAUUAUCUCAGGACCCUCCCCAUCACAGCACACCCUGGAGUAUUUGGCCUCCAUGAGAAUGCUGACAUCACCAAGGACAACCAAGAAACCAAUCAGCUCUUCCAAGGAGUGCUAUUGACCCUCCCAAGACAGUCGGGAGGGAGUGGAAAAUCCCCACAGGAAGUGGUUGAAGAGCUGGCCCAUGAUGUACUGUCCAAGCUUCCCAUGGACUGUGAUCUGGAAGAGGUAAUGAGGUUGUACCCCGUGAUCUAUAACGAGUCUAUGAAUACUGUCCUAAGGCAGGAACUCAUCAGAUUCAACAGGCUGACCAAAGUGGUUCGAAGAAGCCUUAUUGAUAUUGGCCGUGCCAUCAAAGGGCAAGUCCUAAUGUCCUCAGAGCUGGAGGAUGUCUUCAAUAGUAUGCUUGUGGGUAAAGUGCCAGCCAUGUGGGCCGCCAAGUCCUACCCAUCACUGAAGCCCCUGGGAGGCUAUGUGGCUGACCUGUUGGCCCGCCUGACCUUUUUCCAGGACUGGAUCACUAAUGGGCCUCCUGUGGUCUUUUGGAUCUCUGGAUUCUACUUUACACAGUCUUUUUUGACGGGAGUUUCUCAGAAUUAUGCCAGAAAAUACACCAUCCCCAUUGACCACAUUGGAUUUGAAUUUGAGGUAACCACACAAGAAACAACUAUGGAGAAUAACCCAGAAGAUGGGGCCUACAUCAAAGGGCUUUUCCUUGAAGGUGCACGUUGGGACAGGAAAAUGAUGCAGAUUGGAGAAUCUCUUCCCAAAAUCCUCUAUGACCCAUUGCCCAUCAUUUGGCUGAAACCUGGGGAUAGUGCAUUAUUCCAGCAUCAGGACAUUUACGUGUGUCCAGUAUAUAAGACAAGUGCCCGCAGAGGCACCCUCUCUACUACUGGCCACUCUACUAACUACGUCCUGUCCAUUGAACUUCCAACAAACAUGCCCCAGAAGCACUGGAUAAACCGAGGCGUGGCCUCAUUGUGCCAGCUGGAUAACUGAUGGCAGGUGUCUCAAAACAGA